AUGACUGAUGUAUCACCAAAUAAUAGAAACCCCGCUUUGCUGAAGCCCUCUGAGAUCAAAAUCACUCCUCCCGUUAGCCAACAGCAGGAGUUGAGACAGCCUCCCUUGAUUGCAAGAUUAUCAUCCUACUCUGGGUCAUCCAACGGCAAGCAGACAAGUGUCAAUGACUUGGCUCAAUCAUCAUCAGCAGCAAACUCAUCAACCCUCGGGCCCGCUUCUGGUUCUUCGUCAUCUGCUUCUGCCUCUGCACCAGCAGCUUAUAACAACGGAGGCUCGCCUCGGUCGAGAAGAAGCAGUCACAUCCCCAACGCCAGCACAUCGCCAUCACGCAAUAGAAGCAAUAGCUCGCCAGGAGACCCCGACUUGGUCCCCACGCCAUCGCACCACCAGCCCGCGCACAUCGUGACGAGACAACGCAGGUCUUCCUCGUUGAUACAGCAUUUGGAGCCAGAUACAUUAGACACCAAGAUUGACCAAGCGUUGAACCCCAACGUCAAUGCCAACUGGGUGCAUCAAAAGGGGGCUUGGAUCAUCCACAUUGUCAUCAUCAUAUUGCUCAAGAUUUCUUACAACUUUAUCAGCGUGUUGGACAACGAUUGGAAAUGGACGUUAACCAAUUUAACCUAUGACAUUGGAUCUUAUAUUAUGUUUCAUCAAGUGAAAGGGACACCUUUUGAAUUCAACAGCGGUGCGUACGACAACUUGACCAUGUGGGAGCAGAUUGACAAUGGCGAUCAGUAUACUCCCACCAAGAAGUUUUUGAUGUUGGUGCCCAUUGGAUUGUUUUUGGUUAGUACCCACUAUUCAAGGUAUAACCUAUAUUUGUUUUUGUUGAAUGGUCUCAGUUGCCUUUGCGUUGUGGUUCCAAAGUUGGCGUUUGCCCAUAGAUUGAGAGUAACUCUAUUCUAA